UUUAUUUAUUGUUAAAAUAGAAAUGAUGGGUGCUCUUUCUUCCGUGGAAGCUUAACUGAGUUUAGAUCUCGAUCUCAUCGCCAAAGCUACGUGUGAAAUUGAAACCGCGACGAUUCCUUGCCUAUUUUCGUAAAAAGGCAAAACCGCUCCGAUCGACAAGUUUUCUUGGGCACGCAGAUCGCUCGAUGGCUUCUUUCAAUUCGGAUCGCCUCUGCCUCCGCUAGCGUCUGCCCAAAGUCGCCACCUCCGAGCGUCCGUCGUACGUAUUAGAUUCUUCAGAAAUGGCUGAUGAAGAGAAAGGAUCCCAAGGGACUUGUUCUGAUGCAGUCGAUUGGGAAGUUGUUUCUAUGACAGCGUCCAUUUAUGCCGCUGCACCUGGGCCUGCUGAUUUUGCUCCACCGUACGAGAGUAAAGAUAAGGAAAAGGAUUCUUCUGCUCCAUUAUUCAUGUCAAGUCACUUUGUCUUUCCACCGAUGGAGCAUGAAGGUCUUGAAUCGAAGGAUAAGAAUGAAAUUGACAAUAAAUUCAAAGAGACCGAUGCUGAACCUGAUAAGACUCUCAAAGAAAGCCUUAUUUCCGAGCUAGAAAGCUUGCACGGAAUUCAGUUUUAUGAGAAAGAUAAUGAUCUUUCAGUUGGAAAUAUCGAUAGUAAUGAAGGGAAGGUUCUACGAGAAAUGAGCCUGGCUUUGGAUGAACAAGUGCUGCCGGCUUCUGAAGGUUUUCAUGAUUUUCAUGCUGAAACUGGUAUAAGUGGGGAUUCCCAUUGCAGUCCGCAAGCUGAUAAACUGAAAUCCUCUUAUUCACCCGAAAAAGAGGAAAAUACAAGUGAAAGACAUGGCAUUCCAUGUGGAACAUGGUGGAAGAGGCAUGCAGUAACUUUAUAUAAUCAUGCAAAGGAAGCAAACACAUUUUGGUCUGUUCUUGUCGCUGCUGCUUUAGUGGGCUUUGCAAUUUUAGGGCAACGGAAACAAGCAGCGAAACCUGAGCUCCAGCAACUCAAAUUACAUUUUGGCCCUAAUGAUCAGCCUGUGAACCUGACACUGGGACCAAUGAAUCAGAUUAAGUGUAUUUUUACUAGUGAUCAUCAGCAAAGUUCUCCGCUCGGAGCUGCUGCUGUUGCUGCAUACAACUAGUGGUGCUUUCUGAUGCUGGUGGAGAUGGCGACGAAAGUUACUGAUGUCUAUAUGCAUGUAAAUAAUGACAAGAUUUCGGUAUGUUUGUCGUAGCUAUUUCAUAAUCUGGUGUUGAACUUAGUCGAUGACUUCAGACUGCAAAUAGUUCUUUAUGCAGAAAGUUAAAGUGUUUAUUGAUGGUGGUUUGAUGACUUUUCUUCGAAAUGAGAUCCGGGAUGCUAAGCGAAACCAAGUGUUUGCUUGAGUUUCUUAGAGCUCAAUGCACUUAUACCAUUCCUUGGUGUUCUCUUGAAGUGUAUAGUCACUUUUCUUAAGGCUUCCAUUUAUUGUAUCAUCUUAUAGUACUUUCUUUGGAGCUCCGUCAUAUAUGUAUAUCUUUUGUGUUA